AUGGGUAAUUUGCUAGAAUAAUACGAGAAUAGUCAAAAAAACAAAAAGACAUCCAAGACACCUAAAGCAUCAAUAAGUUAGUAGGAAUUCAUUGUGUUCAAAGAAAAGAAGCCAAUAUUAAAGAAUUCGAAGAAGGACUCCAAAUAAUUAAAACUCGUUAAAGAAGAGUCUCCCCAAUAGAAUUCCACUCCUUCACCAAAAUCAGAUGAUGAAUAAACACAAUAAAUUAUGCAACCAAUUCCAAUAGCAUAACCUCCCUCCAUUGUGAAAAGUAAGAGUGCUAAUCUAAAGAAAAUAUUAUUGAAGGAUAUAGGCAAUAUAGAUUAGGAAAUACAAAAGUUAACUAGAGAAACAAAGGAUUUCGAAAUGGAUAAAUUAGCGAAUAAAUCAUAAUUUUCUUAUUAAUCAUCGAGCACCAAUAAUGUUGCUGCAAGGAACAAUCCUAGAUAGAAUUCAUCUUCACAAUAGCAACAAUCAAAAGGAUUUAAUGAAUCAAGGCAAAGACCAUCAAGCAAGGAAUCCCAUAUUUCAGACUCCUCAUAUUAAAAAAAGGUUGAAUUCUUCAAAGGAGUUGUGAGGAGUUAAAGUUUAAAGAAGCUACCUCAACAAUAAUAACAAUACAAAUUUUCUUAAUAAAUAAAGGGAUCCGAAAAAAAAAAUAAUCAAUCUGUGAAUAGAACAGUAACAAUUGAAUCAGAAAAUAAAGAACCAUCAACAAAUAAGAUUUCAUAAAGCGAACGCAAAACUCAAAGACCAACAAUUAAUAGAAGCUAAACCAAAUAAUAUUCUCCUUUGGUUGAGAAGAAGUCAACUCCCAUUAAAACUAUGUUGAAAGUAUAAUUUAAUUCAAUUCUUGUUGGAUCCAAUUCUACUAAAAAUAAAAGUUCAUCCUCAGCAUGCUUUAAUAAACAAUAGGAUUUUCAUCAUCACAAAGAAUCAUACAAUAGUUAAGUUAAUUUAUAAUAAAAUGAGUGCGUCGAAGCACAAAUAGAGGAAGCAGUUUAAUUAUACAAAAAUCUAAAGUCCUUGAUGCAGAGCAAAUCCACAGUUUUAUAGAUUAGAAAAGAUGGAAAUUAAAUUCCCAGAAAGACUGCUGAUUUUUUUUAAUAUAAGGAAGUAGCUAAGCCAACUUAAUUCUGA